AUGAUGUGUGCGGUAGCGACAGGCCCUAAUGCCAUUCCAGUCUCCCAUGAGAUGGGAAACCAACUCCUCCGCACUGCGGGAGGAACUUAUAAGAGCGAUGAGCGCGCGGAAGGAACUCAGCCGCUUCCGGAAACGCGACGGGAGUCUGGGUCAGAGUCGACCCUGAGUGAAGAGACUUCGGACGCGACGAUGAAUAGCAGCAGGAAGUCUGCAGAGGCAACAGAAGACGGCAAUAGGGAUAGUCCCACCGUAGUCCACCCAAGGACCCCAGCAGAGCAAGCAUACGAGAUCUUGGCCAAACAAGUGGCGGGUAUGUCAGCCGAGGAGGCAGCUGUAUUCCUACGCCCGCCUCCAAGGAGGUAUAAGUCCCACGCGAAGACUAAGGCAAAGGCGCGGAUAACGUCGCUCGUUCGUCAGGCGGCGGACGACACUAACGAUCUCAGGACUCCGUUGCACGGUUUGCAUCUCAUACUGGCUUUGCCCGAAGCUUGUUCGGCAGUGCCCUUAAGGCUCUCGGAUGAAUGGCAAGGCGCGCUUUGUUGCGCGUUGAUAGGGAGUCAACCCAUGUCCUCGGGCUGCCGUAGUCCUUUGGCCUCAACCGCCUCGGUGACAGCGGAGAGUGACGAGGAGUCUCCCUGGCCUAUCGCAAAACUCGAGCACACUCUAUUCGACGAAUGGAUAAAUUCGACUGAGGCGCAGGAUAUUCCAUGUGGGGUUGCCCAAAUGUUGCACGAGUAUCGGGCGGUAUUUCCCGAUACCUUACCUAAAGGAUUACCUCCGAAGUGCCCUCAUGAUCAUCAUAUUCUCCUGUCGCCUGGAAAACUCCUAGCGAGAUCUGCAAUCUACCGUAUGACCCCAGAUCAGCUCACUUUCCACAAACAGGAGAUUGCCGAAUUAUCGGAAAACGGUUGGGUCGGACCGACCAAUUCGACUAUUUGCUCUCCUACGAUCAUGGUGAACAAACGUGAUGAUGGCUCCGGGGAGCGGAAGACGCGUAUGGUUGUCAAUUACCAGGCUCUAAACGCCCUUACGAUAGCCCCUGCACUGGAUAUUCAACAGCAAAGCAGUGGCGGGCGCAGACGAUGA